AUGUCUUUCUUCUUCCCCGAGACUUUGCAUUCCAACAUUCUUCACCGUCGUGCGAAUCGAAUUAGACGCGAGACUGGUGAUAAUCGUUAUUAUACUGUUGGCGAGUUGGAGCAAAAGGACAAGAAUUGGGUAGCCACUCUCAAAGAGACAACAUACCGACCAUUGGUUCUGAUUAUGACCGAACCUGGUAUCUUGGCUUUCGACUGCUACAUUGCUUUAGUAUAUGGUGCUUUCUAUUUGUUCUUUGAAGCAUUCCCAAUUGUCUUCUCUGGUAUCUACCACUUCUCAUUGAUUGAAUUGGGGUUGGCUUACUUUGGCUUUAUGGUAGGCUGUGUGAUUGCAUUUGGAAUUUUAAUUGUGUUCAUGAAUGUCAUAGUUGAUCCCCGCGAACGUGCUGGUACCUAUCUUCCUGAGCAUUUCUUGAUUCUUGCUAUGUGGGUAUGUCUACUUUUACCCAUGUCGUUAUUUUUAUUUGGCUGGACUGCCAAAGUUCACUGGAUUUUACCUGUAAUCUCAGAGGCUUUCUUUGUAAUGGGUGCUUUUAAUAUCUUCCAGUGUGGAUUUGGUUAUCUCGCCAAAAGUUAUCCACGAUAUCUUGCGUCUGUAUUUGCUGGUAAUGCUCUGGUUCGAUCCAGUUUUGCUUGCGCUUUUCCACUGUUUGGACAGGCCAUGUAUGAUAAGCUGGCCAUUGAGGGCUAUCCAGUCGCAUGGGGGUCGAGUCUACUCGGAUUUCUUUCUCUUGGUAUGGCAGUCAUUCCAUUUGUUAUGUACAGAUAUGGUUCUAUGUUGAGAGGAAGAUCCAAGUAUGCCAAUUAG